AUGCACUUGAAGCUCAAGAUGACACUAGCGAAUAUUCAACCGAUGAAGGAAGGUCGCUUGUAUCCAUCAUACGGCAAACACGACUAUGGCAUGCCAAUAGACGAAAAAGAAUUGGAUCGCAACGACCUCCAACACCACAAAUACACUCUCCUACUCAAAGAUCGAUUAUAUGUUGCACCCAUUUCGGAAGACACCCUUGCCGAUGCAAACAGCCGGGUCCUGGAUCUAGGAACCGGUACCGGGAUAUGGGCCAUGGACAUGGCGGACAAGUAUCCCAACACGGAAGUCAUCGGCGUAGACAUCGCGGCUACACAACCACCAUUCGUUCCACCAAACUGCGUUUUCGAGAUUGAUGAUGUGGAAGAAGACUGGCCGUAUAGACCGAACCACUUUGAUUUCGUCCAUGGCCGCGAUCUCAUGACUGCUGUGCGCGACUGGCCCCGUCUGAUAAGUCAAGCAUACGCGCACCUCAAACCAGGUGGCUGGAUCCAACUAGCUAGCACAAUCCCUGGCGCCCUGUCCGACGACAACACCAUACCGCCCAACAGCGGCUACGUAGAAUCAGGACGUCUUUAUUUCGAAAUCGCAGAGAAAAUGGGCGCGCCACUCGAUGCACCACGGUCCUGGGCCGCGCAAAUGAAAGACGCAGGCUUCACCAACGUGCAAGAUGAGGUAUAUAAGUUACCCAUGGGCCCUUGGCCGCGGUCAAAAAGGUUGCGUACGAUUGGAAAGUUGGAGCAGAUUAUGAUAUUAGAAGGAGGCUUUGAAGCGUACAUGCUGCGGGGUUACACGCAGGUACUAGGAGGGAAUGCUGAUGACUUGCAGAUUAUUCUUGCGCUCGCGAAGAGGGAGGUUAGGGAUCCGAGUAUACAUACUUAUGUGCAGUUUCAUAUUACGUAUGGGCAGAAACCGAUGUAG